AUGAUUGUAUUUAUAGCAUUAGUGCAGAUGAGUUAUCAAAAUAUGAUAUAUGUUUUUGAUGCAAAUUAUGAAAAACCAGAUGGUAUGUUCGAGUAAAUUAUUAAUUAGAAUGGUAAUUUGAUAUAAAUGUUGAUUUCAAUACUUGUGAAGGGAUUAAUUAUUUUGGGGCCGAGUUAAUUGAGUUUUUAAUUAUAGUAAGAUAAAAAUAUAUAAUUAGAGCAGAUUAUUUUUAAAUCUAGAAUCCCAUUCUGCAAUUAAAGUGGAAGCAGAUUUUGUAAUGUAAUGAUUAUUUUUAAUUUAAAAAGUCUUAAUUCAGAUGAUAAUGUUUAAAUCUUUCUAGAUGAUGAACCAAUAUAAUAUAAAUAAACAAGGUAUUAAAAUGCAAAUUUAAACACUUGUGGAACAAUAUCUACAUCAUCUAUUUCUUUUAUUCAUUCUCAUAACAGAAGAUCAGGUUGGAUAAAAAUAAAAUAACCUUAUGGAGGAAUGAUAAGGUUGUAAUUAAGUAUCCUGAAAUGUUAAGAAGAAUGUAUUGCAUGUAUUUGCAAUUAUCCAAAUAGUUGUAUAAAAUGGAAUCUGCAUUAAUAUGCAUUUAAUUAAAAAGAGAUCGGUUUUCCUGAUGGAUGGACAAUUACUCCUAAUAUUUUAGAUAUUACUACCUAAUUUUGUGGAGGUUGCGAAUAUUUGAAAUUCUAAGAAAUUUCUUAUUCGACUUAACUACCUCCUCAUUAAGAUAUAUUAAUAAGGUUUUUUAAGGGAUCUUCAAAUCCUAUAUCUUGCGACUAUAUUUUUGACAAAUUGAUAAUUUAAGGGAAUGUAUAUUUUGUUGAAAUUUUAUUGAAAAAUUACCCUAAUUCAAUUUUGAAUCUGAAAAUAAAAAAUGUCUCUUCUAAUAAUUACAUUUGGAUAAGAGAUUUUGAAAUAUAUUACACUUAGCCUGAAAUAACAUUUUUAAGUCUUAAUGAAGGUUGUUAAGACUAAAUUGGCGAUGCAUGUUUAAAUUGCAGAUAUGGUUGGAUUUAAGAUGAAUAUCAAUAGAAUUGUAUUCCUAUCUGUGGGGAUAGGAUUAUAUAAGGAGAUGAAGAAUGUGAUGAUGGAAAUUUAAUAUAUAAUGAUGGUUGUUUUUAAUGCAAAUAUUAAUGUAUUGAUUCUUGUAAAACUUGUAUGUUUGGUAUUUGUAAACAAUGCCAAGAUGGUUUUGUUCUUAAUGUAAAUAAUAAUUGUGAUCCAUUAUGUGGAGAUGGCAUUGUGAUUCCUUACUCAAUUGAAUAAUGUGAUAUAAAUAGUAAUGAAGAUUAGAGUGGUUGUUAGAAUUGUAGAUAUAUAUCAAUUCCUUAUUGUAAAUAAAGUUAUCUUUCAAGUUGUUUAGAAUGCUAAGAAGGAUUUUUAAUUUUAAAUAAUGUAUGUUACCCUUAUUGUGGUGAUCUAAAAUCAAAUGAUGAUGAGGAUAGAAAUUUAUAAUCUUAUGAUAGUUGCAUUAUUUGCGAUAAAGGAUUAUGCAGAUUGAAAUGUCAUGAUGGAUAUGAGUUUAUUAAUUAAAGUUGUUAUUCUAUUUGUGGAGAUUAAAUUAUCACUAUAGAAGAGGAAUGUGAUGAUGGAAAUAAUAUUAUAUUUGAUGGUUGUUUUGAUUGCAAGUAUUCUUGUCCAGAAAAUUGUUAUGAUUGUUAUCAAGGUAUUUGUAGAGAGUGUAAAAGUCAAUAUUAAUUGUAAGAUUCAAAUCAAUGUAAAUUAUAAGCAAUUUGUGGAGACGGAUUAGUGUAGGAAUAAGAGGAAUGUGAUGAUGGAAAUAAUUAAGCAGUUGAUGGUUGCAUUAAUUGCUUAAUUGAAUAAAAUUGGAUAUGUAAUUCAAUAAUAAAAGAUUCUCCAAGCUAAUGCAUAUUUGUCAAACCUCCCCAUUUAGUAAUUAAUUAUCUUAAUAUGA